AAAACGAACAAAGUAGGUCAUUUCUUUUCGGACCUUUCUCAAAAUUAAGUAGAUUUUUUUUUUUUAGGAAUGCAUAACUGUAAAUUUCAAGUUUUGACGAAGUGCAUAGCUCGCAACCUCGACAAUGCUUUUCACUUCCUGAAAGUUCUGCCCGCAUGCUGUUAUUCUGGCCGAGGUAAUGCUUGUGUUGGGAGAAUAGCCGUCUCUAUGCUGCUGCGGAAUGGUUAUUCACAGGACUAUCGUUGUGUCCUUUUCAGUCAGCGCAGCGAUAACGAAAAGUUGCUGGCCUUCAAGAACAGAAUGACCAGCUGUGCGGAUGUUGCCAGGAAGUACGAUUACCUCAUGGACUUGAUGAAGGAGAAUAUCAACUUGUAUUAUCGCUACCUCUGCGACAAUACAGCUGAGGUGUUGACCGUGGUGAAUGCGGUGGACAGCGCGCUCGAUGACAUCAGUAAUCUGGGAUUGAGUGUUACCAAGAGUCCGAAUAUGCAACGACUUGUGCACGUAACUCGAAGUUUGGAUUUCGAUCGUACUGUGAACCAUAUAAGACAAUAUAUAGAUGCCGAGAACAAGAAGAAAGCUCAAACACGCUUUGGCUUUGCCUUGAAGAAGAAACAAAAGGAGCAGAAAACGGGUAAACAGAAGGACAGGCAGAAGGAGAGGCUAAAGGAGAAGGAUAAGCAUGAGAAGCCUGUGCGUGUGAAACUUCCACGUCGUUUGAAGAAAAAUGUAAUGAAAACAACGAAGCGAAAAUAUGUAAUUUAUCUGAAAAGAUUAAGGUUAAGCCAAUUGGUGAAAAAAAUGCCUACUGAAUAAUUCAUAACAACUACAAUUACAAA